AGAGAGGCAGAGAGAGAGACAGACGGAUAGAAAUAGAGAGAGAGAGAGAAAGAGAAAGAGGGAGGGGUGAGCAAAAAUAAGAGGUGAAAGAGGGAUCGAGGAGAGCAGCAGCAUUCGGAUCAGUCACUUACAGCAUCCAGUGAUCUGAUCGCCAGUUAUUCUGCUAUGCUCAGCGGACGCGUGGACGCCAAUUCCGCUUUGGUGUAACGGACGUCUCGGAAGGGAGUUUGACAUACAUGCCCAUCGGAUUUGCCUCAAACAUUUGAUUGUUUAUCACUGGACAUGAUGGAACAUUGGAGACAGUGUGCGCUAUGGCUGAUCAAUUGUAAGGUGCUCCCGGCGAACCAUCGGGUGACAUGGGAGUCCGCUCAGGUUUUUGACCUGGCGCAGACCCUGCGUGAUGGGGUUCUCCUGUGCCAGCUUCUCAACAACCUGAAACCCCAAUCUAUCAACCUGAGGGAAAUCAACCUGAGACCUCAGAUGUCACAGUUUCUCUGCCUAAAGAACAUCAGGACGUUUUUACAUGCCUGCUCAGAGAUCUUCGGCAUGAAGAAAAGUGAACUGUUUGAGGCCUUUGAUUUGUUUGACGUUCGAGAUUUCGGAAAGGUUAUGGACACAUUGUCCAAGCUCUCGCAUACACAUAUAGCACAGCAAACUGGAAUAAGGCCAUUUCCAACAGAAGAAAGUGUUGAAGAUGAGGACAUUUAUAAUCACCUUGAGGAUCUGAUAGAUGAGAAUGGCGUGGAAGAUGAGGAAGAUCUUUAUGACUGCGUGUACGAUGAUGAUGAAGGUGGAGAGGUGUAUGAAGAUUUAAUGAAGGUCGAGCAGGUUCAGCCACAGAAACAGGCAGAGACUGAUGUCAGGAGCUGCUGUCUGAUGGAAAUCAAACAGACGGAGGAGAAAUAUACAGAAACGCUGGACUCUAUAGAGAAAUUUUUCAUGAAGCCUUUGGGACAGUCGCUGUCCAGCUUGGAGGUUGAAAAAGUGUUCAUCAAUAUUCCAGAUCUUGUAAAAGUCCACACAAGCCUUCUGAAAGAGGUCCAGGACUCUGUUCUUCAGCAUAAUGCCAGUAACCUGUACCAGAUCUUUAUAAAUUACAAAGAGAGAUUAGUCCUGUAUGGGAAAUACUGCAGUCAAGUUGAAUUGGCCAUCGCGUGUUUGGAUGACAUGUGUAAGAACAGAGAGGAUCUCAGACAGAUGUUGGAGUUAUGCUCCAAAAGAGCCAAUAAUGGGAAGUUUACUCUGAGAGAUCUGCUGGUUGUUCCAAUGCAGAGGGUUCUUAAAUAUCAUCUGCUUCUACAGGAACUGGUAAAACACACCCACGAUGCCACAGAGAAGAGUAAUUUACGCCAAGCGCUGGAUGCCAUGAAGGAUCUGGCCCAGUAUGUCAAUGAGGUGAAGAGAGACAUUGAAACUCUGCGGGAUAUCGACCAGUACCAGAAAUCAAUAGAAAACCUUAAUCAGUCUCUGCGUAACUACGGGAGGCCGAAAGGUGACAGCGAAGUGCGAGUAUCUACAGUCGACAAACGAGCCAAACAGGACAGGCACCUCUUCCUGUUCGACGCUGCCGUGAUCGUAUGCAAACGACGGGGGGACAACUACGAAAUGAAGGAGGUCAUUGACCUCCACUCUUUCAAAAUCACCAACAACCCGACCUCAGACAGAGAGAACCGAAAGUGGUCUCAUGGAUUCUACCUCACGCACAACCAGGGUCAAAACGGUUUUGAGUUCUUCUUCAAAACCAAGGAGGUAAAGAAGAAGUGGCUGGAGCAGUUCGGCAUGGCCCUAUCGAACAUCUGUCCAGAGAGUGGGAAAAGUAAUUUCCACGAGUUUCGCAUGCACACCUUUGAGACGACCACAUCCUGCAGCUCGUGUAAAAUGCUGCUGAGAGGGGUCUUCUAUCAAGGCUACCGCUGCUCUAAAUGUGGUGCUGGUGCCCAUAAGGAGUGUCUCGGCAGGGUGGACAACUGUGUCAAAAGCAGUGCCGAUUCCAACUCUUUCGGACCACAGAUUGGGAAAACACCCAGAAGUGGAGGAGAUGCAGGUUUGCCCAAAAUGUUGGUCAUCCGAAAUUAUUAUGGCGUGCCCCUUCCCCAUGGUGGCCCGCCACUCAACAUCCAGGUUGGUGACGUCAUCGAGCUGAUCGAGGCUAACGUGCGCAGCUGCUGGUGGAAGGGUAAAGUCCUGGCAACGAAAGACAUUGGCUUCUUUCCAAGCGACGCAGUGAAGCCUUGCCCAUGUGUACCCAAACCUGUUGACUACUCUUCACAGACUUGGUUUGCCGGUCCAAUGGAAAGACUGCAGGCGGAGGCCACGCUGCUCAACAGGAGAAGCAGCACAUACCUGGUCCGUCACAGAAGCAGAGAGUUAAACGAAUACGCCAUCAGCAUCAAGUACAACAACGACGUGAAACACAUCAAGAUCUUAGCGAAGGAGGGAUGCUUUCACAUUACCGAAAACAGAAAGUUCAGAAGCAUUUUAGAGCUGAUCGAGUAUUACAAACAUCAUUCUCUACGGGAGGGAUUCAGGACACUUGAUACCACGCUCCAAUUCGCCUACCGAGAGCCGGAAAACGGAGCAAAUACUCCGUUGCUCUGCGGCCUGUCUUUUCUAACUACCGGCUACAGCUUUGUUCCUCCCUCCGCAGCUCCAUUUUGGUCAGUGUUCACUCCUAAGGUGAUGGGUGUUGCGAUAGCUCGAUAUGACUUCAGCUCCAGGGACACGCGGGAACUGUCACUGCAGGAGGGAGAUGUGGUUAAGAUCUACAGUAAAACUGGAGCCAAUGGCUGGUGGAGAGGAGAAGUCAAUGGGCGGGUGGGCUGGUUCCCAUCCACCUAUGUAGAAGAAGCAGAGGAGUGAACGUCUGAAUAAAAGUGAAAUGCGAUGAAUAACACAAGGCAGUUUGCCUGGACUGAGCCGAAAUGGCUACUGGUUGGCCGGUGCUAUCUCUUUUUUCCUCUAUGAUGGUGCUGAACUGGAAGGCGUCGGAGGGCACACAUUGGGGGUUUGAUAAAUGAAGGACUGUCUCUUAGGGAGAAGAUUAUCAAACGUAACCCUCGGAUGUCAUCCGUCAGGAAUUCCUGCACAGGAUCGGACUAUGAGCUGUUUUUAUGUGUGCUUGUAAGGGACAGAAAUACACAUAUUUGUCCUUACCCACCCAAAAGGUUUUUCACAAACACAGGCCACCUCCCAUUUCCACCCAACUGUUCAUCUCAGAUUAAGAUCAUGGCGUCCUGGCAGGAUUUACCAUGUUGGCACACAAACACGGUGGUAAUGGAUUGCCUGUUUCCUUCCUACGACGAUCUUUCAAUUUCAGAGUUCUGCACUGAAGGAGCGCUUGUUUUGUACAUCGCCGUGUUUGUGUCCUUAUCCCGCAGAUGUAUUGCUGGGUUGUCACGCCCCGUUUUCCUGAUUUGUGCCGGGGAGACGUUCAGCGAGAUGUUGGCACCAACCAGGCAGUUGACAGUAAACAAAAGCGUUCGCAGUGACAGGCCUGUAAACAGCUUUUUCAGCACGAGCCCACCGCCCUGGAUACAUCGUGUCGCUUUAUCCAGAAGGAGGGAUCCUGUUAGAUACCGCAGGCGCUGCCAUCUCAGUCAACUAAUGAGAGGAUUCACACACAUUUACAGGAAAAAUGAACAAUGAUGGGAAUUUACUUUUACUGUAUAUUCACCCAGUAGACCUGGUAGAUCUUAUCGAAAUGGGCUUUUAAAUAACUAAUGUUGAUAUCGAUAUCUAGAUAUCCGGCUGGUCUCUAAAGAUGAAAUGUUAAAUAUUUCUGCGUGCGUAGUCUUAUAUUGAAAUCAUCCUCAGUUGUAGGUCUCAUUCUCUCCAGGUUUUUCAGAAAUGUUACGAACUAUGAAGAUGCUUCACCUGCCUGCAGCUAAACAUAGACGUGUGUGCAAAGCUCUAAACUGAUAAAACCAGAUGAAAUGAAAGCACGUUUAGACGGCGGUUUUAAUAGGGAAAAGGUCAUGUCAGGAAACACUCAAAGUGCUAGUUUGUCUCAGAUGGUUAGAUGAAAGCGUUCUCGCGAAGAAUAUUUAUUUAUUUGCGAUCUAAGAAGAGACCUUGACAGGAAAACGCAUUCGCAGUUUGAGACAUACAGAACAAAUGCUUGAUGAAAGAAACAACUUGCAUGAACUCAAAUAUACGCAUAUGUGCCUAUACGCCUCUCUUAUUGACAAAAUGCAUUCAGUAGACACAAGGACAGACAUUUUAAUGCUUCUAACGGGUUUUUUUUUUUCAAAGAAUUACAAAAUAUAUUGUACAUUUGUAAGUGAACUUCUGAUUUUGAGCAAGAAUAGUUUUUUAUUUAAAUUCAUGUAUAAUGAGAAUACAUAUUAGACGAGUAUUUAUUUAUUGACAUCUGCGAUAUAUGAUUCAUAAACAUCUGUGUUAUAUUGUAUUAGGUGAAAAUUGUAUUGUUGUCGCUGCACUUUUGUCACAAUGUAGUGCAAAGUAACACCACUAGGGGGCAGCAGCAUUACCAGAUGUGUCACUCCCUUUUCUUUACUUUACUUUUGAGAUCUUAAUACACGUCUUUAUUUUUCAUUUUCCACAUUAUAAUACUAUCAUCAAGUCUUCUUAGGAAGUUCUUUCUUAUAGUCAUAGUGUAAGGUGAUUGUGGUCCUCAAAAAUGUGCACUUUCCAAUAAUAAAGAGUAAGGGAUGAGUUUAGGGUCUGUGAUCUAUAUUACAUUGACUUCUGUCAUGGGAAAUGUAGUUUUGUAACAAUAACACAAGCCUGUUAAGUUGAUAAACAAGCGACAUACCAAUAAAUCAAAUAAAUUGGCUUAUAUUCAAAAUUUGUAACAUUAGUUAAUGCACAGUAAACUAACAUGAACAGUUGUAUUGGCCUAACAUUAACAAAGAUUAAUAAAUGCUGAACAACUAUAUUUCUGAUUGGUAGUUCAUGUUAGCUAAUGCAUUAUUUAUUGGUUGGUUCAAAAUGGGACAAACCCAACUGCUGGGUUAAAUUAACCCAGCAGCAAAUGUUAAUAUUUUACCCAACAAUGGGUUACAGGGACAUUCCAGUUUUUAAAAAAAAAUUUGCUCAUUUUCCAGCUCCCCUAGAGUCAAACAUUUGAUUCUUACCGUUUUGGAAUCCAUUCAGUUAAUC